AUGGAUUGGGAUCGUCUUGAGCGCUUGGAAUCAAGCUCAUCACCAGCUCAUUAUCUGCAAUAUGCUUCUCAACAGCUUUCACUUAGCUCUCCUAAUUCUCGUUUUCAAUAUUUUGAACUUGAAAAUCGUCCUGGCUAUCUCGAAGUGAGAGCACAUACCGGACGUCAAAUUCAUGACAUGCCGGUAAUAGGUCGUAAGCCAUUAAAGAAUUUGAAAGAAGAAAUAUUAACCAUACGUUCUCCUACAGCUGAGGAGAACAACGAUUCUGGCAUUGAAAAUAACAGAAACAGCAGUUCUCAUUCUCCUUCUACUUCAUUAGAUUUCUCACCUAGAAGUACAGAUUUUCUAUCUCCUAAGAGUCAUACAUCGUCUACGGAAAAUCUUCCUCCACCACCUCCACCUCCAUCUCUACCACCUGCUGAAGCUUCUCCUGAACCUACACGUCAUUUAGAUCAAGUACUUAUACCUAUUCCGACAACCGGUGCAACAACAUUACAUCGUCCAUCUCCGUUGGAAGAGACUGUCGAUUAUCCACCUCCACCUCAUCAUCUCAGACUUCAAUCAUCAGUCGAUAAGACUUCUAAGCCUCAAUCAGAAACCGAUUUGUUAACUCCAAACAAGGCUCGCAUCUCAGCAACCAUUCCGUCCUCAAGCUAUCUUCGCGAACACACAAAGGUUGAGCCUUUCGUGGCUCAAUCGAUCCGUGAGCAUCAAGUUGUAACAAAAAAGCUUCCGGAAACUAACGUUGAUUUGACGGUUGAACUAAAUCGCGAACAGAAGGCCAUCGUUUCUACAAGCAAAUUCCCUAAUCGUGAAUCUUCAACUUCGAAGCGAUCAGAAACGGCCGCUAAUUCGUCAUUUCCUAGUGAGACCAUUAACUCUCAAUACCGAUUUGGAGCAACUGAAGAGUAUCCUCAAGAAAAGAAUAAUAGAACUACAAGCUAUUAUCAAUAUAGAACCAACCAACAGAACGAGAGCUCUACAAAUCGAUCAACUCCAACAAUCCAAGCUUCUCGUAGUUUAUCCCAUAGUGUUAGUACUCCAGCCGUAUCAGGAAAUACAAUGAUUUCUAACGCUCCAUCGCCAUCCACAACUACUUUGUAUCGUGCUGUUGAUAUUCCUUUUGAUGAUUCGUCUUCCUCUUCAAUCUAUCAUCCACCUAAACGCGAUAAGGAUGGCCUUAUUGCUAUAACAAUUGAACUUGGCGCUCAACCCGUUCACAAAGGUUUCGGUUUCUCAGUUAACUGUGAAAAGCGAUACUGUCUUGUUGAUGCUGUUGUUGUAGGAACUCCAGCUGAUAAGCAAGGUCUUCAGAUUGGAGAUCGUAUUGAUUCAAUCAAUGGCGAGAAGACAGCUGAUCAAUUCCCAUCCGCCAUCAAUAGGGCAAUUCAUGAAGCAACUCGUAUGGGAGAAAUUCAUUUACGUAUUGAGCGCAAGGAUGUACGUACCUUUACCUCAACAUCUAACAGUUUAACCAAUAAGUAUAAUGACGCAUCAUCAACUUCCAAAUUUAAACAAACUCGGAGUAUGUUCAACAGUGAAAAACAAGUAGAGUCAUAUUCGGAAUUCAAGCGUAAACAUUCACGAACCCCUCGCGAUUAUCCUGCAGCUCGUGAUUAUAACAGCUUACCUCGAUCAACCUCAACCUCUGUCAAUUCCUAUGAAAGCUUGCCUCGACGACGUGAACAAUCCAUGCAUUCCUCUUAUGGUCAUUCGAAUGUACGUGAGCCUUUUGGUGGAAGUAGCCGGUCUUUAAGUUCUUCCGACUAUAGAGUAACUUCUCUCCACGACAAAGUCGGUCCUGGUAAAUUAUCUGACUUCGUCCCAGAAGUAGAGCGUUCACGACUUGAAGAUAGUCCACGUCGACGUGUCGUCGAUUCUGAAGAAACUCCCAGAACAAUUAGAAACUAUCAAGUGUCAUCAAAUGAGUUAGGAUAUCGUCCUCAAGUACAUCAAACUCAACAUCAGAAUUCUGGAUCAAGUUACAAGCCGCCGGCAGAAAUCAACAAUUACAAUUACAUCGAUGAGCACAACAGCCAACCUCAUGUGAAAUCGUCGUCUUCUACUGAAGUUCAUGUACCUAUCAGUAUUCUCAAGACAUCUUCCUUGACUGGGCAGAUUAAGCAGGAAAACAGAUUGAAACAAGAGCAGCACCGUCCAGAAGAGCACCAUUACACAACUCUCGAAAACAUUCGUAAAGCGUUGCGAGAGCCUGUAACACGUACUAUUCCUAUUGAAGUACUACGUCCUGUGGGAGAAGUUCCCUUAACUCCUGUAACACAUAUAUCUGAAUACGAUAUUGUUUCUGACGGUGACGAAAGUGACGAUCAUCUCUAUCAAAGAAUGCAUCAGAAGCAACCCUUCCAUACUGUUCGUUUAUAUGGCAUAUCACGAGAAGCUCCAACAACUCCGAGAUCUAGAUCGGUUAUGACUUCUUAUGCAUCCGUACCGGAACUCCGAUCAAAAUCAUCUGAAUCUUUGGAUAUAAGCAAUGUAUCUCAUCGGUUCUAUGAUCGCGAUGGAAAUCACGUCUAUCGAGAUCAAAUAGUCCCUGACUCAAUGCCUAUUAAAAUUCGCCGUGAAUAUGGAGAAUAUAAAUAUCGAUCAGAAGAAAAAACUUUUGUGGAAACCAGAGAUUGGAGGGACAUAAUUAAUCAACAGAGACAAGCAGCUCCCGGUCAAACCGUUGACAACCAGAAAAUACGAGAUGUCACGGCUUCUAUGAGCAACCUUCCCUCCAUCAUUGAUCGUAAGCACGAGGAAUCAAAGAAGUUGGUUCGUGAACAGAACGAUUAUCAUUAUCAGAAUAGAGAUUGGAAGCAGUCUCAACCAGAAAUUCAAACUUCUCGCACAGAGUCCCAUUCGGGCUAUAACUCACUAGGCUACAAGCCAAAACCAACUAAUAACUUUAAUAAUAACUCGAGUUAUAAAUCGAAUACUUUGCGCGAAGAAGUAAGUCGAUAUGACGAUUAUCAAUCGAAGACAGUCAUCAACUCAUCCACAAUGCAAAGUUCUCAAAAGGAAGCCAAGGAAUAUACUCCUAGUGGAUACAAAGAGGACAAACAGGAGAAUGUUGUGGCUGUCAGUGGCAAACAUAGAUGUGCACAUUGCUCAACCGAAUUAGGACGUGGUGCUGCAAUGAUUGUGGAAUCGCUUAACUUAUAUUAUCAUCUCGCAUGCUUCAAAUGUUUCGUUUGCAAAACUCCAUUAGGCUCCGGUGCCACAGGAACUGAUGUUCGUGUACGAGAAGGACGAUUGCAUUGUCAAAGCUGUUAUAGCAAUGACAAACUGCAAUUGAGCAAAGUCUAA